AAACCUCCUCUCCUGUGGCGCCGUCUCCCUCUCCCCCACCCACCCAAAUCCGAUCUGCAAAACCCACUAUUCCGGGUUUUGUGGGAAUAUUCAUUUUCUUCGGGGCAAUUGCGGUUUAACAUAGUCAGAUAAGAUCACUGCUUUGGCUGGGAUAUUUUGUGGGAACUACCUCCAAGCUGGAUUGACUUCCGAUGAUGAUGAACACUCAACGUAACACAAAUGUAAUGGCUGGUGGAGGGACUCCCACUCCCGCUCCUGCUCACGAUAAGCAGUUCCCUGGUUCUGUGAAAAAGACGGCCCUCAGAGAUUUGCAGAAUGAAAAUGUGGGAUCAAUUCAUAAGCAGCCAGAGAAUAUUCAUCCUGUAGGUGGGAAAUCAUGUGGUGACAUGGUUAAGGUUUGUGGAAAUAAAAGACUUACGCCUGAGCGCCCCUCAAGUUCCCAAGGUCUCCCGUACUCAGCCUACAAUGGUACAAAUGAGAAUGUCAUGAAUGCACGCCGGAGAUUUGAGCUCGAACUUGGAGUCGGAAGACCUCAUAACAAUGCCGAUAAAAAAAUUACAGGCUGUUCAGAACCGAAGAAUGCAGUAGGUCAAUCACGGCAAGAUGUUAAUCAUAAGACAGUGAAGAAUGGCAAUCUUCAUCAAAGUCCAGUAGCUACACCAAACAAGCUGGCAGCAAUCAUGGCCUUUUCAAGUAGUGGCCCAUCGGUGCCUAAUUCUUUGGGGAAGCAUAGCAAUAGCACUCCAGUGGCUAAGGUUUCUCAUGAGCUUCCUCGUACCGUUGAUUUUAAGACCACCAAUGAUCUGCUAAGAAUGGAAACCGAGCGCUUCAUCCACCUCCAGAAGUCUCUUAAACAAUAUGAUGAAGCUAGCCAAAUAGACUACACUCAGACGCUUAUGCAUCUACCCCCCUCAGAGCUGAGUAAGCACGCUGUGGAGUUGGAGAAAAGAGCAAUCCAGUUGACAAUUGAGGAAGGCAACGAGAUGCAGAGAAUGAAGGCGAUGAAUAUUUUUAUCAAAUCUUCACCGGGUAACACUGUAACAGGUCAGCUAUUGGAAGCAAACACACGCUAACUGGUGAGGCUUGUGGGAAAUAUAUAUGCUUCUGGCCGUAUCUAUAUAUUUAGAUUAAAUCCUUUUCCUUAUUAGGUUCUUGUAAAACUAAGUUCAGCGGGUUACCUUUCAGCCAUAUUAUGGCAUACUCAAUCAUUUGUGCUCUUUAGGAAAUAAGCAUUUAUCAGAAUGUAACUUCUGUUUCUUACUCUUGCAUCAUUAAACUUUUUCAACUUUAACUA